AUGCCUCCAAAGCGCAAAACACCUGCCGCCAGCGGAAGCGCUGCGCCCAAGACGCGCCAGUCCAAACUCGCAAAGGAGCACAACGUCACGCCGCAAGAAGAGGGCGAGAUUCGUGAGGCAUUUAGCCUCUUCGCGGAGCCUAUGGAUGGAGAGAAGUACGGUGUUUUACCCAUUGACGACGUCAAGUCUGCGCUCAUGUAA